ACCCUCACAUACUGCUCUAAAUACAUCCGAUAAAAGAGUUUAAAACCUAAGAGAAAAUAGCAAGAGAUUUGGGAAAGAAUGGCAGAAGAAUUGGCGCUAGAUUUGGAGGAGCUUAAGCAGCUUCAAUGCAUCGCGAAGAGGCCACGUAUUUUAUCUUUUAUUUCCUCUGAGAUUCGGAACUUGGAAAAGACAUUGAAAGAGGAUGCAAAUGAAGCUUCUCCUGCUGCUGCACCACAAAUUCCAAUUCCCAUUGCAACCUCAGCAAAGGCUCCGGUUAACCCAGCACCGAGUUACGUUACACUCGCCUCGUUCAGCUGGGAUCAAGACAACGAUAAAGUCAAGAUAUAUGUCUCUCUGGAAGGAGUUGAACAGGAGAAAAUCCAAGCAGAUUUCAAGCCGAUGUCUUUUGAUGUUAAAUUCCACGACGUUAAAGGUAAAAACUAUAGGUGUGCUAUUCAAAAAUUGAACAAGGAAAUCGAAUCAGAGAAGUGCAAGGUGAUAGUUAAGCCUAAAAGAGUCAUCAUCACAUUGUUCAAAGCUUGUAAAGGCAACUGGUCUGAUCUACACUACAAGGAGGACAAGCUGAAGCCAAACUUGGAUAAAGAGCGAGAUCCCAUGGCUGGAAUCAUGGACUUAAUGAAGAAUAUGUACGAGGAAGGGGACGAGGAUAUGAAAAGAACAAUUGCCAAAGCAUGGACUGAUGCAAGAUCUGGCAAGACUGGUGAUUCUUUGAAGGGUUUUCGUUGAAUUCCAUAUGGAAAUGGGUAUUUUUGGGGUGGAUUUUAGCACAAUGGUCUUUUCUAUGCUUAUUGUGGGAUCUUGUCUUCUUGAAGUUGCAGAAAACUUGUUUCUGGAUAUUUUUGUUCUUGUUGUGAUGAAUUAUUGAAAUUU